CAUAUCGUGAGUUUCACAGCCUUAACAAAUCUAUCUCUAUCUUCAUCCAUAUGGAUUCGUUUACUACUGCAAGUAGUAUCCUAGUUCUGUUGCUUUCUCUUCUGAUUAGCCAAACACAUGGAGAGCCGUACGUUCACAUUAGUAAACAUGAUGAAACUGGAGGCAGCAAAUGUGAUAUUUUCUCAGGGAGGUGGGUUAAGGAUGAAUCAUAUCCUCUUUAUAACCCAGAAGAAGGUUGUCCUUUUAUAGAGAAACAAUUUGAUUGUCAAAAGAAUGGAAGACCUGACAAAGACUAUCUCAAAUAUAGAUGGCAGCCUACUGCCUGCAACUUAUCAAGGUUCGAUGGUAAAGAUUUCUUGUCGUGGCUUAAAGGGAAAAGCAUAUUGUUCGUAGGAGAUUCACUGGGUUUAAAUCAGUGGCAAUCACUCACAUGCAUGCUUCAUAAAGCAGUGCCACAGGCUGUCUACAAAUCACAGCGAGCUGGAGGCCUCUCUACUGUCACAUUCCCAGAGUUCAACACUAAAUUGAUGUUUUCUCGCAAUGCAUUUCUGGUUGAUAUUAUGAACACAAGUAGGGGGCGAAUUUUAAAACUUGAUUCAAUUCAAAGUGGAAAACAGUGGAAGCAAAUUGAUGUCUUGAUCUUCAACUCAUGGCAUUGGUGGCUUCACACAGGAAGGAAACAACCAUGGGAUUUGAUUGAAGAUGGAAAUGAAACAAUCAAAGACAUGGAUCGCCUAGUAGCCUUUGAGAAAGCGUUGAACACUUGGGCUAAAUGGGUUGACACAAAUAUCGAUCCAUCCAAAACCAAGGUUUUCUUCCAAGGGGUGUCUCCUGACCACACCAAUGGAGAUGAUUGGGGGGAAUCAAAUGCGAGUUGUGAGAAACAAACAAAGCCAGUAAUGGGGUCAAACUAUCCAGGAGGGGAGCAUAAAGCAGAGAUAGUAGUGGAGAAAGUUCUAAGUAAAAUGAAAAAUGGGGUGUAUUUGCUGAACGUGACAAGAUUAUCACAGUUAAGAAAAGAUGGCCAUCCUUCCUACUAUGGCUUCGGCGGCCACAAGGUUCCUGACUGCAGCCACUGGUGUUUGGCUGGUGUUCCUGAUACUUGGAACCAGCUUCUAUAUAUAGCUCUCACUCAAACCUAAACCAUUUAUACUUCUCCUUGUUAAAACAAUAAUCUGAUUUUCAGAGCAAUAAUUAGCAAUUUUAAAUGUCUGAUUAUGUCAA